AUUCGUAUAAGAUUAAGCUCAUAAGUCAAUCAAUUAGGGGCAAAUCAGAGUAAACCAAAGUAAAAAACAAACCGGAAUAGUUAAACCGGUCCUACUACUCUAAAUCUACUAAAAUUGCCCAUCACUCAUAUAAUACACACACAUCUCUCUUACCCCUUUUCUUCCAACACAUCCUCUCUCCCUCCGUCAAUGGAGAAAACCCUAGCCUCUUCCCACACCAAACGCUCUUCGCCAUCUUCAUCCACCGCUGUGAACACAACAAGCUCAACCGGUUUCAACCGCAGAACCAAACAGAGGUUGUCUGAUGCAACGGCGAGUGUAAGCGAGACGACCCGCGUAGAAGAUGAUGAUGACGACGACGAAGAAGAAGGAGUGGAGGAGAAGAUCGAGGCGCUGCAGACAAUAGUCCCCGGAGGAACGGCUCUUGGUGUAGAUGCGCUGUUCGAAGAGACAGCUAGUUACAUUUUGGCUCUGCAGUGUCAGAUAAAUGCCAUCAAAGUCCUUACUGCGUUUCUUGAGCGCUGUGAGAAAGAUGAUAUGAAGUUUGGAGGUUGAAGAUGAUUGAACAAACAAUUUGGAAUUCUCUCUCUGUUUUUUCACUUAUUCUCAUCUUAUAUGAUAUUUCUUUUUUUCUUAUUUUUCUUUUUAAUGUGGCUUAGUUUAGUUUUUUUUGUUUCCCUUUAUAUAAUGUGUUUUAGUUCUAAAUAUUACGAAAAAUCUUCACUUUGAAAUUCGAAAACCUAAUAUAUAAGAGCCAAUUUAGAGUU